AUGGCAAAACAUUGGCACAUGGUGUAUCUGUGGAGUGUCUGGCACCUCCAGACCUAUAAUGUUGCAGCUUUCAAUCUGGACACCCAGAAUGUGCUGCAGAGAAAUGGAGAUCCAGGAAGCCUGUUUGGAUUUUCUGUUGCCUUUCACCAGCAGCUGAACCCUAUAAGAAAAAACAUAUUGCUGGUAGGAGCUCCACGAUCAAAACAUCGGAACCAAGUAAAUGUAACAGGUGUUGUUUACCAGUGUGAUCUUGCUACAACAUCCGAGCGGUGUCAGCCCAUUGAGUUUGAUAAUGAAGAGUUCCUCGACAGUAAAGGCAUUGACAACCAGUGGAUGGGAGUGAGAGUGACGAGCCAAGGUCCCGGUAAAAAUGUAAUGACUUGUGCUCAUCGAUACCAGCAGUGGAGCCCGAACCCAAGCCUUUAUGUCCCUCGCCUGGUGACGGGUCAGUGUUACCUCUUAGGAGAUGACCUGCAGGUCGGGAAGGAGGAGAGGACGUGGAGGAGGGUAGUUUGUGAUACGGAACACCUAACCAGACGUCAAAAGACCCAUGAGUGGUUUGCAUACUGCCAACAGGGUCAUGGAGCAUCAUUUGCAAAGGACAACAAAUCUUUGUUAUUUGGAGCGCCAGGAGCGUACUUUUGGAAAGGAAUCGUAAGAAUGGAACUCUUGGACAACCUUGACAUCUUCAGUGAAGGUUCUCGUGAGACUGGGGAUAUUGACGAAUUGAACCCGACACUCAUUCCUCUCCAGAGAGACAGCUACCUGGGAUUCUCCAUUGACUCUGGUAUGGCGCUCAUCAGGAAGGGUGAGCUGACAAUCGUAUCAGGAGCCCCUAGAGGAGGUUACAGCGGCCAGGUGACAUUUCUUAAGGCAGACCCUGUGGCACAGAGAAAUUUGUCUGUGGAGUUAGUCCUUUCUGGUCCUGGCAUGGCCUCCUCCUUUGGCUACGAUGUGGCAGUGGUGGAUCUCAAUGGUGAUAGGUGGGAUGACCUUGUUGUAGGAGCACCAGAGUUCUUUGUUAAAGAUGGUUUAGUUGGAGGAGCAGCCUACAUCUAUAUCAACAACCAAGGAAAAAACUGGGAGAAGACUGUUCCAACACAACUUCUUGGACAGGAAGAAUCCAUGUUUGGCCUCGCAGUAGAAAACAUAGGAGAUGUCAAUCAAGAUGGUUAUGGAGAUAUUGCCGUGGGGGCACCAUAUGAUGGCUCCGGUCGAGUAUACCUUUACUAUGGCUCAUCAGAUGGCAUCAACAAAAAGCCAGCACAGGUACUCUCAUCAGGAUCCAAAAAAGUUACUCUGUUUGGAUAUUCUCUGUCUGGCAACUUGGACAUAGAUAACAAUCAGUACCCUGACUUGGCUGUGGGAUCUCUUUCUGAUUCUGUCUUUGUUUACAGAGCAAGGCCAGUGGUCAGUGUCAGCAGCUCUUUAAAGAUAAAGCCAAAUGAAAUAGACAUCACAAAGGAACAAUGUGAUAAACGCACAUGUUAUUUUGCAGUGCAGGCUUGCUUUACCUACACAGCACAUCCAGCAUCGUUCAACCCCAAACUGAUGCUUAACUACACUUUUGAGGCUGAUGCUGAGAGGAGAAAAGUGAGGCUUCCUCCCAGAAUGGAUUUUCUGGGUUUGUCUCAAGGAAAACUGGAGCUGCCUGGACAGAACAGACAAUUCUGUACUGACACCAAACUCCGGCUUCUGCGUGAUAUCAAGGACAGGCUGCACAGUAUCCCUGUCUCUGUUACUGUGUCUCUGUGGAGCACCAGUCAGACAACCAGGAGUGCAGAUCUGCCUGACAUUACUCCUGUCCUCAACCUCUUCCAGCAAAAGAGCACUUUCUCAGAGAUUAUCUUGAUAAAUAAGGACUGUGGCAGGGACAACAUUUGCCAAAGUAACCUAGGGUUACAGUACAAGUUCUGUUCCAGAAAAACACAAAACAAUCAAGAUGUUUUCAAAUCACUGGCCAGAGAGGAUGGUGUUGCAGUCAUCACUCCUUCUGAUGGAAACAUAGCUUUGGAGAUCACUGUGACUAACAGGGACGGAGAUGAUGCACACCAGAGUCACUCAGUCAUCGUGCUCCCAGACACUCUUCAUUACUCUUCUGUUGUCUACAGUACAGCAUCAGAAACACAAGUGAGUUGUACAGCCAAUGACAAAGGAACAGUAAUAGACUGUGAACUGGGAAACCCACUCCAAAGAGAUGCAGAAGUAACGUUUUAUGUCAUACUCGAAACAUCCGGGAUUUCACUGAGUACAAAAGACCUCAACGUCACCCUGCAACUUGAAACGACAAGUGUGCAGACCAUACAACCAGUUGAGGCAUUAGCCAAAGUGGUUUUUGAGCUGGAGCUGCAAGUUUAUGGACUAGCCAGGCCUUCUCAGGUGUCACUCGGUGAAAACUUGAGGAGUGAGAGCGCCAUAAAAUCAGUGGAUCAAAUUGGAACUCCAGUACAAUAUGAAUUUAGGAUAACAAAUUUGGGCAGACCACUGAAAUCUUUUGCCAAUGCAUCACUCAACAUCUACUGGCCAAAGGAGAACUCCAUAGGAAAAUCGAUUCUGUACUUGACUCAGAUCAGCAGUAAAGGCAUACAGUCUGCCCCCUGCUCACCUGUAAAUGAGAUUCAUCCACUUAAACAUGUAAAGGGUUGGCAUGACCCCUCAAGAAAGAGACGUGAAGCUGAACAUGAAGCCCUUUCUACUGAUGGAAUCCCAUUUCUUCCAAAAAAAAGGAAAUACAAAACUUUGACCUGCUCAGAUGGACUGAAAUGUGUGGAGAUAAGCUGCCCUCUGCUGGGUUUGGACAGUAGUUCAGUGAUGGUUCUACAUUCACACCUGUGGAACACCACCUUCACAGAGGAUUACAGUUCUUUGAACUACCUGGACAUUGUUGUGGAUGCUACUCUCAGUUUAACACACUCUCCAGAGAAUAUUGGACUGAAACCAGAGAAGCCUGGGACAAAGGUAAAACUGACAGUGUUCCUUGAGAAAAAAGCAGAAUAUUUCACCAAAAUUGCCUGGUGGAUAAUCUUCCUGACAGUCAUUGCAUUGAUCCUGUUGUUGGCAGUUGUUGCCUUCUUGUUGUGGAAGCGUGGAUGCAUGAACUGUCUUGCUCAGAACAAGAAGCCCUCACAUAAAGGAGAUCCAAACACAGAGACUGCUCACCUUACAGGCUAA